AUGAAACGAUCCGAUUCAGAAGAAUCUCUUCCGUCUCAAAGUCGAGCUGAUGAUCGUUUUUUUGUUUUUGCUUCCGUAAUAUUACCAUUUCUUGCUCAAGUAGCUUAUCUAUUCGAUGCUUUUUAUUAUCACAUUCACGGCAGAUCUUCAAGUGGUUAUGAAGGUUUACUUUCAUCAAUUUUAAGUGUUUUUGUUUAUUUACAAUAUAGUGCGCCACUACGAUCACGUUAUUUACGUCUUUUCUAUCAUAUAGGUUUAUGGAUAUUAUCUGAAGUUGGAACUUUAGCACAUGUAAUAUAUUAUGCUAAAAGAAAUGAUGUAUUACAUACAGUAUUUUAUACUUUAUGGGCAAUACUAGAUACGAUUUAUUUUAUUUGUCUUAUUUGUUGUCGAGUAUUUUAUAAACAUCGUGGUCUUCGUGUUCAUGUAUCACUUGAACAAGAACAUUUAUUUUAUUUUAUAUCACGUUUAGAAGUUAUUCUCGCUUUAUUUAUUCCAGUUUUUUUCGAUACACAGCUUAUAACAUUAACUAGAGAUAAUAUUGCUUUCUUUAUAUUAUUUGAUUUUUUUGCUGAAUCAUAUCAUCGUUUUCGUGGUGUAGCUAUUAAAGCAACAUUAUAUAUAUUUGUUGUUAUCGUAACAGUAUCUGUUGCAACAGAAUGGUUAUAUAUUGCAAAACAUGAAUUUAAAUUUGAAAUAGCAUCAAUAAUAAGUGAAAUUAUUGCUGCCUGUUUUUGCUAUGCAUUUAUUGUUAUGCAGUUUUUUCCGGGUAAUUUUCUUCCUAAGAAAAAACCAAAACCUCGUCAUAGAGCAAGAACAUUAUCAACAGGAACAUCAAUUGGAACAGCACGUCUUUCUGUUGUGCGUACGAAUAAUUCGAUUUCAAAUGGUAUUAAUUCUGACAAACGUAUUUCGUAUUUUUAA